UCAACAACGUCUUGGAGCCUGCCGAGUUACUCGACAUUGUGCGACAUUGAAGAUGUGCGACAUUGAAGAUAUCUCUGUGAGUCUGCAAAAGAUGGAGGAUUUGAAGGCUUCUCAGAAGCAAAUGAAGAAAACACUGAAAGCUGCUCUUAAAGACAACAAGACACUUGGAAGGCAGCUGAAGAUUGUCAGGAAGGACCUAAAAAAUGAAGUCCAAAUGGAACAACUGUGUGAUGGAGAGCAGCAACGAGUCGACGAGUUGUCUGGAAGCAUCGCAAACAUCACAGCAGAAAUUACUGCAAUUCAGUCUCGACUUCGACCCAAAAAAGAUCUGAAUAAAGAACUUAAUUUGAAAAAAUCAGAAAGAAAAAGAUUGGAGCAGGAGAACUCUACUUUGAAGUCCCAGCUGACCAAACUUCAACAAAAGAUUGCUCUCCGAGAGCCCAUUGAGUCCAUCUAUGAAAACGAAGCCAAACAAGUUGAAAUUUUACAGCAGCAGGCUGAAGUUUUUAGACAGAAUGUUGAAGAGCUGAAACUUCAACAUCAAAAACUAGAAGAGAUGAAGGAUAAGUAUCCCACACUGUUAGGAGAAAAAUCCCAGCUGGAAGGUCAGAACAAAAACCUGAAAGAAGAGAUUUCAAACCUGAAACAGCAGUGGGAGACUACCAAAGACCUGGCUGUUGAAUACAAUGAGAUGAAGAAAGAAACAGAGCUGAUGAAGAAAACUCAAAAAGAUCUGUCUGUGCAAACUAAAGAACUCCAGGACAAGAUCAAGCAUUUGGAAGAUGUGAAGGACAAACUUGAUGCUGUGAAGAAGGAAAAUGUGGCUGUGAGAGAACAAGUAAAAUACCAGCAUACUAUGGUCUCAUCCCUUCAGAACCACGCUGCACGUCUCCAGGAAGAGCUAGACGACCUGGAGACAUAUCCUCAGGAAUACAAAGAUCUUCUGGACGAGUACAUGGAAACAAUGGAAGAAAUGUCUCGUCUGGAAGAUCUUGUGAGGAAGCAGGAGGAUGAGGUUGAAGGUUUGAGACAACAGAAGGAUGAGAUGCAAGAGCUGGUUACUAAAUGUAACUAUCAGCUGGAUAAACUUACCUCCCUCAAAGAACAAACAGAGGCCCUCAAACUGGAAAAGCAGCAAAUGACUGAUCUUCUCCUUCACAAAGAAAUGGUUGAAGCUCAGUACUUGCAACAUAAAACUGAAGCGGAUAAACUGGACCAAACGAAGAGGGAUCUGUCUGUGGAAAAUGAGGAACUGCAGAGCAAGACAAAAAAUUUGAAGGAUCUGCAGAAUAAACUCAAUGCUGUUAAAGAUCAGAAUCAGACAGUGAGGGAACAAUUAAAAAACCUGCAAACAACGAACUCAUCCCUUCAUAACCAUGCUGCACGUCUCCAGGAAGAGCUAGACGACCUGGAGACAUAUCCUCAGGAAUACAAAGAUCUUCUGGACGAGUACAUGGAAACAAUGGAAGAAAUGUCUCGUCUGGAAGAUCUUGUGAGGAAGCAGGAGGAUGAGGUUGAAGGUUUGAGACAAAAGAAGGACGAGAUGCAAGAGCUGGUUACUAAAUGUAACUAUCAGCUGGACAGACUUACUUCCCUGAGAGAUAAAACAGAGGCCCUCAAACUGGAAAAGCAGCAAAUGACUGAUCUUCUCCUACAUAGAGAAAUGAUUGAAGCUCAGUAUUUGCAACAUAAAACUGAAGCGGAUAAACUGGACCAAACGAAGAGGGAUCUGUCUGUGGAAAAUGAGGAACUGCAGAGCAAGACAAAAAAUUUGAAGGAUCUGCAGAAUAAACUCAAUGCUGUUAAAGAUCAGAAUCAGACAGUGAGGGAACAAUUAAAAAACCUGCAAACAACGAACUCAUCCCUUCAUAACCAUGCUGCACGUCUCCAGGAAGAGCUAGACGACCUGGAGACAUAUCCUCAGGAAUACAAAGAUCUUCUGGACGAGUACAUGGAAACAAUGGAAGAAAUGUCUCGUCUGGAAGAUCUUGUGAGGAAGCAGGAAGAUGAGGUUGAAGGUUUGAGACAACAGAAGGACGAGAUGCAAGAGCUGGUUACUAAAUGUAACUAUCAGCUGGACAGACUUACUUCCCUGAGAGAUCAAACAGAGGCCCUCAAACUGGAAAAGCAGCAAAUGACUGAUCUUCUCCUUCACAAAGAAAUGGUUGAAGCCCAGUACUUGCAACAUAAAACUGAAGCGGAUAAACUGGACCAAAUGAUGAGGGAUCUGUCUGUGGAAA